UGCAAAAUUUCAAUUUCAAAGAUUUUAGUGGAUUAUGCUAAUCCGAUCUUUUAUGACAUAUUCCUUCAAUAUAAUGAUGAUGAGGGACAGCAAUAUCUUUGGGAUGUGCCAGUUUUAAACUUGAAUCUUCAAUACAAUGAAAUGUUUGUGAACCAAGGCAGCAAUAUGAAUAACUGGCUUUUGACGCGUCGAUUUUUUUUGGUGGAUGCACUAAGUGGAAAAGAUAAUGACUUGGGAAAAUUGCCAAGAAUAAUUCGAAUUGCUAGCAAAAUAACAAUAAGUGUUCGUCUGGCAACGCCCACUCAGAGGGGAACUAUCUACCCACCUCUAAUUACAGUUGCUUACACGGAUGUGCUUAUCCAAAACCCUGACACCCAGAGUGUGAUGGUUUCCUUCUCGGUCAUUUAUGAGAUGAAUCAGUCAGAGGCUCAGGUUCAGACUGAUAUUGCAUUGGGUGUGCUGGGUGGACUUGCAGUUUUGUGGUCCCUCCUCAGGACUGCAGGCUGGAAAAGGCGAACGGGAAGCUCCAUGAUUGACUUGCAGACAGUUUUGAAGUUCUUACUGUUCUAUGCUGGAGACCUUGCCAAUGUUUUCUUUAUCAUCACAGUGGGUACAGGAAUUUAUUGGCUUGUGUUCUUCAAAGCUCAGCAGUUUGUCUCUGUCUUUUUACCACUUCCAUCUCAAGAAGAAGAUUUUGUUACAUACGUGGGAUGUGCUUUUAGUCUAAAGGCAUUGCAAUUAUUACAUAAAUUGGUUUCACAACUUACUGUAGACAUUUUCUUUAUUGACUGGGAAAGACCUAAGGGGAAAGUUCUUAAAGCAGUUGAAGGUGAAGGUGUUAUAAAAAGUGCUGCUGCACCUGUGAGCAUAUGGAGGACAUAUUUUAUAGCCAAUGAAUGGAAUGAAAUUCAGACAGUGAGGAAGAUAAAUCCCCUCUUUCAAGUGCUUGCAGUUCUUUUUUUUUUGGAGGUGGUGGGAUUUUCCAACCUGGCUUUGAUGGAUUCUUCUUCCAGUCUUACAAGGAGCGGCGAGAGCUACAUGGCUCCCUGGAGCCGCGUUUUGAGGUUCGGUGUCUCCGCUGCGCUCUGGUUAGCCGUUGCCUUCCUGCAGACUAUAUAUUUUGCUGUGUUUUAUGAAAGAUUUGUGGAAGAUAAGAUUACACAAUUUAUUGAUUUGUGCUGCAUGAGCAAUAUUUCAGUGUUUCUCCUGUCACACAGCUGCUUUGGUUAUUAUAUCCAUGGUCGCUCUGUGCAUGGACAUGCAGAUACCAAUAUGGAAGAAAUGAGUAUGAACCUAAAGAGAGAAGCAGAGAAUCUGUGUAGCCAGAGGGGUUUGUUACCAAAUACAGAUGUCCAGACAUUUCAGAUUUCCAUUUCAAGAAAAAUGAGACUGCAAUAUGACAGGAUUCAUGAAACCCUAACAAGGAAACGUGGUCCUGCUAGACUUUUGGACUCAUCUGCAAAUACUUUUGAACAGAACACAAAGGCGUACAACACCAUGAACAAAUUUCUAGGUUCAUUUAUUGAUCACGUUCAUAAAGAAAUGGAUUAUAUUGUAAAAGAUAAGUUGCUUCUUGAACGAGUUCUUGACAUGGAGUUCAUGGAACCCAUAGAGAAAAGUAUCUUCUACAAUGGUAAAAGGAUCUGUGCCUUAGUGUUUGUGCUUUUCUAUUAUGGCAACGAGACAACACUGCUCAUUUUUGAUAUCCUGUUCUUCUCUGUCGUGGAUUUGGCUUCCCAAAGUUUUGUUUUAGCAGCUAUUCUCACAUACUUGCAACAGGAGAUAUUUAGGUUUAUUCGUAAUACAGUUGGACAGAAGAAUUUGGCAUCCAAAACCUUGGUGGAUGAAAGAUUUCUCAUUUAACUGAUUAAGAAGAUGAAAUUCUUUGUUGAGGAGUUAAUCAUGGAAAUCGUAUCCAGGAGCGAAG